AUGAUAGUGGUACGAAAUGGAACAGAGAUGUGUUUCAAGAAAUUUCUAGCGGGCGAGGAACCAAUUGGACAGGAUUGUGGUUUUAGACAUCGUCCUGGCCCAUGUCUUCAAAUGACCUGCGCUUGUUAUAACUGCGGUCAACGAGGUCAUCUARCUCGUGAUUGUAAACAAGGGCUGAAAGAUAAUGCUAAAGAUAAAGAGAAGCAAUCUACUGCCGGUGGUCGAGUGUUUACACUAUCUGCUGACAAAUCUACCGUGGGUGCUACACACUCGAUUGUUUAUGAAAACUUUGAAGAAAAUCUUAAAUCGUAUGAACAAUCCACCGAGUUUACUUUACAUAUUAGUCCUCCUAUGGGUAGUUCAGUAUGUAUAUUUGGUCAAUUCCCAAAUUGUCCGUUAUCUAUUGACGAUCGAAUUCGGGAAGUUACUUUACUACCGAUGAAAAUGGAUCACUUUGAUAUCAUCCUUGGCAUGGAUUGGUUGUCUAAACAUCGAGUGACCAUCAACUGCAAAGCUAAACAAAUCAUCUUCGGUGACGUCAAUAAACCCGAAUAUGUGUUCCAGGGUGUUUCACCUGAGAAGGGAACUCGUGUUAUCUCAGAAGUAAAUGUUAAAGGAAUGGUAUGGCAAGGAUGUAAAGGGUUUCUAGCUUCACUACAAGAUCCCGAAGAGGUAUGCCUUAAACUUAAAGAUAUUCUUAUUGUUAAUCAAUUUCAAAACGUCUUUCCAGAUGAACUUUUAGGAGUUCCUCUGGAAAGGGAAAUUGAAUUUAUAAUUGAUCUUGUUCCGGGAGCUGCCCCUAUCUCAAAGGCUCCGUAUCGUAUGGCUCCAACUGAAAUGAAAGAACUUAAGGAACAACUUAAAGAUCUUUCUAAUCGGGGUUUUAUUCGACCCAGUGUAUCUCCAUGA